AUGGCUCCGAAGAGGGGAAGGAAGAAGGGUAACAAGGAGGUGAGUGCGGAGAUUCUCCGCAUGCAACAGCUCCGCGCACAAGAAGCCGAGGGGGAGGAAAUCCAGAAGCGUGAGAAUGAGCGCCGUGACCGAGAGGAGCAGGAGGAACGCAUAACUCUGUGGAAGGAGGAACAGGUUCGAAUUCUCCGUGAGAAGGAAGGAAAAGUGAAGGAGCUCAUGGCCAAGGUGGAGCAACUGACUGCUACGUUAAGGGAGGAGCGUAUGGCAUCCGAGGUCCAGGUUGAGCAAUUAGUGCUCAUGCGUGACACAUUGCUGAAUGAGGUGGGUCUGUUGCGAUUGGAGGUGGAGGAGAAACAGAAACUUCUCGUACAGGAAAAGCACACAGCGGAGUUGCAAUUGAACAAUCUUCGUGCAGAAACUGAAAAAACAAUCAGUUCAAUCGAGUGCGAUAAUGAGAAUCUCCGUGUAGAACUGCGCGUUGCGAAGGAGGAUCAUUCGGAGUACCGAAUAAAAAUGGAGGCGCGUAUGGACGAGAAGGAGGGGGAGAUACGCAGUCAUGCGUUGACGAUUGCUGGUUUGCAACGGGAACUCGAAAAGGCAAUAUCGAUGAACCGUUCGAUGCAGGAGGUUGUAGAAACACGGGAGGCAGAUGACAGGAAAAAUGUCGCCUUGAUGCAGAUGCUCAAUGCGCAAAUUGAAGAAAACAAACGCCGUUACGAAGAGCAACUUGAGGAGGAACAGCGGCAGGCAAGCAUCGAAAGGGAAAAGUACCUUCAGCUAGAGGCAAAGUGCUCUCGGUUCGAGGAUGAGGUAGAAGCAUUGAAGAAAGAGAACACUGACAUAAAAAUGAACUCAGAUGUGGUGUUACGUGAUUAUAAGCAGCAAUUGGAACAAGUCAAGCAUGAUUCGCAGUACCUCUCUGGAGAGCUACAAACCAUCCACGAAAAACGUGCUGUGGAAAACGAGGAGAUGCAGAACGAGAGGGAGAAACUCGAAAAGGAGUUGGAGGCCACGUUCGUUGAGCUUGAGAGCAAUCAAAGACGAAUGGAGGAACUUGAGCAUUUGUUGCGGCGGAAGGAACGAGAAAACUUCGACAAAAUAACAUUUCUUAACGCCCAAAUAGCCAAUAACCGGACUGCCACUUCCCAGCUUCAACAAAAACUUCUGAGCGAGCGAAGGGCUUAUGAGAUCGAAAUAUCGCGGACGACCGAAGAGGCAAAGGAGAAAGAAAGGGAACUUGACACUGCGCGCCAGCUAGUCGCACAAAGUAAGGACGGGGCAAAAGAACGGGAGGCGAAACUUCUUUCAGACAUCGCAGUGCUAAAAUCACAACACUUACAGCUGCAAGCAACACUGCAAGGGAGCCAAAACACACUCGAUACAGCAGUGGCGGCGAAAGAUGGGGAAAUCGCGAGACUGCGCCGCCUCCUUGACGCGCACUUCAUCCCCCACAGGAAUACGAUCGAGGGGGAGGUGGAGACGCAUGAGGGAACGAUAGCAAUAUUAUCCGAGAAGAUCUCUGAACUGACGCGCGAAAUGGAGGUGCGGGAGCAGCUGGCUCUUGAAACUGAAACACAACUGAAGGCCCGCAUUUUCAACCAAGAGGAGGUAAUUGACGCACUCCGGGAGGAUUUGCGUGUUUGUGAGUCGCGGCGCCGAGAGGAGCUUCGUUCUUCGGAAGAUGAAGUUUCCCGCCUGAAGAAGACGCUCGAGGUUCACUUUAUACCAUAUGAGAUGUAG